AUGAGCACUCCUCAACUCGACGAACUCCAAUGGAAAUCUCCUGAAUGGAUCCAAUCGUUCGGGCUCAGAACAGAUAACGUUCUCGACUAUUUCGCAGAGUCGCCCUUCUUUGAUCGUUCUUCCAACAAUCAGGUCGCCAAAAUGCAGCACCAAUUCGCACAACCACGCCCUGAAGACUCAGCUCGAGAGGUGAGCAACCAAAACCUGGAUCCUCACCGUCAGCGAAUUUUAUCGACUUAUAUGGUGCAUGCAUUGUGGGACGCAGAAUUACGCAAGCUUAAGGGCGUAGAAUACGUUUUGGCGUACGUACGGGAGCCUGAUUUUUGGAUCAUUCGCAAACAACUUCGAACUACCCCUACAACAGCUACUCCACUGCAAGACUACUUCAUAAUUGGUGCCAACGUGUAUCAGUCACCUUCAGUUUUCAAGAUUUUGCAAAAUAGAAUUUUGUCCGCAAACCUACACUUAUCACACGCCUUGUCUAAUGUGCGACGUAUGAGUCAGUUUGAGCCUUCGCAAGGUGGCCAGUUUGUCAAGGUGGCUCAUCAAUCGGCUCCCACCAGUUCUCAUCCACAAAGCACUGUCGCAAGUACCACUAGCGGGCCCAAUUCCGCUUCUAACACAGGUCCGGCCACUACAAGUGUGCAGUCUGUGCUCACCAAUUCCACCACCGUCAAUGACGCUCUUAUGGACAAACUACUGGCCACCAGCAUGAAGUCUACUCCAGUGUUCCUAUAG